CAGGUGGCUUAAUUUUUUUCUUUCCAAGAAAACGAGAUUCUUUUAAAAAAUGGGCUUUACUCUCCGCUCUGCCUCUUUCACCCUGAAGGUGAGCUUAUUGCUGGGCUCCUUCCUCAGCUUCUGUCUUGGACUAGAGUUUAUGGGUCUUCCCAAUCAAUGGGCCCGUUACUUCCGCUGGGAUGCGAGCACAAGGAGUGACCUCAGCUUUCAGCUGAAGACAAAUGUCUCAGCUGGGCUGCUCCUCUACUUUGAUGAUGGUGGCGUCUGUGAUUUCUUGUGUUUGUCCCUGGUGGAUGGGCGUAUCCAACUCCGGUUCAGUGUGGACUGUGCUGAGGCCACUGUUGUUACUGAUAAGCAGGUCAAUGACAGCAACCUACACUUCUUGAUGGUUAGUCGCAACCAUCUCCGGACAGUUCUAGUGUUGGAUGGUGAAGCCAAGCCAGGUGAAGUGCGCCCACAGCGACAGUACAUGAACAUUGUCAGUGACCUCUUUGUGGGAGGUGUCCCAUCAGACAUCCGUCCAGCAGCCUUGACCUUUGACAGUGUCCUGAGUGAGUCGCCAUUUAAAGGAUUUAUCUUGGACUUGAAGUAUGGCAAUUCAGAACCUCAACUCCUGGGCCACCAAGGGGUCCGCCUGGACAUGGAAGGGUUAUGCACAGAAAACCUUUGUGAGAAUGGUGGAACUUGCUUUCUCCUGGAUGGCGAGCCACAGUGUGAUUGCUCAGCCACUGGAUAUGUUGGAAAACUUUGUUCAGACGAUGCCAGUCGUGUUCCAGGCCUUUCACAUCUGAUGAUGGGCGAGCAAGGUAGAAGUAAAGCAAGAGAAGAGAACGUAGCCACCUUCCGUGGCUCUGAAUACCUGUGCUAUGACCUCUCCCAGAACCCCAUUCAAAGCAGCAGUGAUGAGAUCACUCUCUCCUUCAAGACAUGGCAGCGCAAUGGGCUUAUCCUGCACACGGGCAAGUCGGCCGAUUACGUCAACUUGGCUCUAAAAGAUGGCGCAGUCUCGUUGAUCAUUAAUCUGGGGUCCGGAGCCUUUGAAGCCAUUGUGGAGCCAGUCAGUGGCAAAUUUAAUGACAACCAGUGGCACGACGUUAAAGUGACUCGCAACCUACGGCAGCACUCAGGCAUUGGACACGCUAUGGUAAACAAACUACAUUGUCUGGUGACAAUCUCUGUAGAUGGAAUCCUCACCACCACAGGCUACACACAAGAGGACUAUACCAUGCUAGGUUCAGAUGACUUCUUCUACGUGGGGGGGAGCCCCAGCACAGCUGAUUUACCUGGCUCUCCAAUCAGCAAUAACUUCAUGGGCUGCCUCAAAGAGGUUGUUUAUAAGAAUAAUGACAUCCGUCUGGAGCUAUCUCGCUUGGCAAGGAUUGGUGACACAAAAAUGAAAAUCUAUGGGGAGGUAAAGUUCACGUGCGAGAAUGUAGCUACACUGGACCCCAUCAACUUUGAGACACCUGAAGCUUACAUUAGCCUCCCUAAGUGGAACACUAAGCGGAUGGGUUCUAUCUCUUUUGACUUCCGUACCACAGAACCCAAUGGUCUUAUCCUUUUCACCCAUGGUAAACCCCAGGAAAGGAAAGAUUCCAGAAGUCAGAAGAACACCAAAGUUGACUUUUUUGCAGUGGAACUCUUAGAUGGGAAUCUCUACCUUCUUCUUGACAUGGGUUCUGGAACUGUCAAAGUGAAGGCCACUCAAAGAAAAGCUAAUGAUGGAGAAUGGUAUCAUGUUGAUAUUCAGAGAGAUGGAAGAUCAGGUACCAUAUCAGUAAACAGCAGACGGACACCAUUCACUGCUAGUGGGGAGAGUGAGAUCCUGGAUCUGGAAGGAGACAUGUAUCUUGGAGGACUACCUGAAAACCGGGCAGGACUUGUCCUCCCUACUGAGCUCUGGACAGCCAUGUUGAACUAUGGCUAUGUGGGCUGCAUCCGAGACCUCUUCAUUGAUGGGCGGAGCAAAAACAUCCGGCAGCUGGCAGAACAGCAGAAUGCUGCUGGUGUCAAAUCAUCCUGCAUUCGGGUCAACUCCAAACAAUGUGAUAGCUAUCCCUGUAAAAACAGUGCUGUCUGCAAAGAUGGCUGGAACCGUUUCAUCUGUGAUUGCACUGGGACUGGAUACUGGGGAAGGACAUGUGAGCGGGAGGCUUCCAUCCUGAGUUAUGAUGGCAGCAUGUAUAUGAAAGUCAUUAUGCCUAUGGUCAUGCACACAGAGGCAGAAGAUGUGUCUUUCCGCUUCAUGUCUCAGCGUGCUUAUGGGCUGCUGAUGGCCACAACAUCACGUGAUUCAGCUGACACCCUGCGCCUAGAGCUUGAUGGUGGUCGUGUCAAACUGAUGGUUAAUCUAGACUGUAUCAGGAUAAACUGUAACGCCAGUAAAGGACCUGAGACCCUUUAUGCAGGACAGAAACUCAAUGACAAUGAAUGGCACACAGUCCGGGUAGUUCGUCGAGGAAAGAGUCUGAAAUUGACAGUGGAUGAUGAUGUUGCUGAAGGAACAAUGGUUGGUGACCACACACGCUUGGAGUUUCACAACAUUGAGACUGGGAUAAUGACAGAGAAGCGUUACAUCUCUGUCAUUCCCUCCAGCUUCAUUGGCCACCUCCAGAGCCUUAUGUUCAAUGGUCUUCUCUACAUUGACUUAUGCAAGAAUGGUGACAUUGACUACUGUGAACUGAAAGCCCGCUUUGGACUCCGUAACAUCAUUGCUGAUCCUGUUACCUUCAAGACCAAGAGCAGCUACUUGAGCUUAGCAACCUUGCAGGCGUACACCUCCAUGCACCUCUUCUUUCAGUUCAAAACAACCUCUGCUGAUGGCUUUAUCCUUUUCAACAGUGGGGAUGGAAAUGAUUUCAUUGCAGUUGAGCUGGUCAAGGGGUAUAUACAUUAUGUGUUUGACCUGGGGAAUGGACCUAAUGUCAUUAAAGGCAAUAGUGAUCGGCCUUUGAAUGACAACCAGUGGCACAAUGUAGUCAUCACCCGAGACAACAGCAAUACACACAGCCUAAAAGUAGAUACCAGAGUUGUCACUCAAGUUAUCAAUGGUGCCAAAAACCUUGAUCUUAAGGGUGAUCUUUACAUUGCUGGCCUGGCUCAAGGAAUGUAUAGCAACCUCCCAAAAUUGGUGGCAUCCCGCGAUGGGUUUCAGGGCUGCCUAGCAUCAGUGGACUUGAAUGGACGCCUGCCAGAUCUGAUUAAUGAUGCUCUACAUCGCAGUGGGCAGAUUGAACGUGGAUGUGAAGUUGAGUUGACCAAAGCUGACCUGCAAGGACCAAGCACCACCUGUCAAGAAGAUUCCUGUGCCAACCAAGGCAUCUGCAUCCAGCAAUGGGAAGGCUUCACCUGUGACUGUUCCAUGACAUCAUACUCUGGGAACCAGUGCAAUGACCCUGGUGCCACCUAUAUCUUUGGGAAAAGUGGAGGCCUCAUUCUUUACACUUGGCCAGCGAAUGACAGACCCAGCACAAGGACAGACCGCCUUGCUGUUGGUUUCAGCACAACAGUAAAAGACGGCAUCUUGGUUCGGAUUGACAGUGCCCCUGGUCUUACCGAUUUUCUACAGCUUCACAUAGAACAAGGAAAGAUUGGUGUAGUUUUCAACAUUGGCACAGUAGAUAUCUCUAUCAAAGAAGAAAGCACUCCAGUGAAUGAUGGCAAAUAUCAUGUUGUGCGCUUUACUCGGAAUGGAGGCAAUGCAACACUUCAAGUGGAUGGCUGGCCAGUGAAUGAGCAUUACCCUUCAGGCAACACUGAUACUGCGUUCCAAUUGGUAAAACAGAAAAUCCCCUUCAAAUAUAACCGGCCCGUAGAGGAAUGGCUGCAGGAAAAAGAUGAUGCAACACCGCAUCACCACUUGACUUCGAGACCUGCCACGACGACAAAAAUUGGACGACAGUUAACGAUCUUCAACACCCAGGCGCAAAUAGCCAUUGGAGGAAAAGAUAGAGGGCGUCUCUUCCAAGGCCAGCUCUCCGGUCUCUAUUACAAUGGUCUGAAAGUGUUGAAUAUGGCAGCAGAGAACAACCCCAACAUCAAAAUCAAUGGAAGUGUCCGGCUCGUUGGAGAAGUACCCUCCAUCUUGGGAACAGCACCCACAACCUCCAUGCCACCAGAGAUGUCUACCACUGUCAUGGAGACCACCACUACUAUGGCCACUACCACAACUCGAAAAAACCGUUCCACACCCACCAUUCAGACAACAGAUGACCUCGUUUCUUCAGCGGAAUGUUCUAAUGAUGAUGAAGAUCUCAUUGAAUGUGAACAGAGUGUAGGUAAGCCAGGAGGUGAAUUAGUUAUCCCUCUUCUUGUAGAAGACCCUUUAGAUAUCCCUCCUAUUGCUACUCGUGCACCUUUCAUUACACUCCCCACUACCUUCCGCCCCCUCCUCACCAUUAUUGAGACCACCAAAGAUUCCCUGUCCAUGACCUCUGAGGCGGGGUUACCUUGCUUGUCGGACCAAGGCAGCGAUGGUUGUGAUGAUGAUGGCUUGGUGAUAUCUGGGUAUGGCUCAGGGGAAACCUUUGACUCUAACCUACCCCCUACUGAUGAUGAAGAUUUUUACACCACCUUCUCCUUGGUAACAGAUAAGAGUCUUUCCACUUCAAUCUUCGAAGGUGGCUACAAAGCACAUGCACCCAAGUGGGAAACCAAGGACUUUAGACCUAACAAAGUCUCCGAAACUGGUAGGACUACUACCACAGCUUUGUCCCCUGAGCUGAUCCGCUCCACAGCUUCGUCCUCGACUGGGAUGGUGCCCAAAUUGCCAGCCGGCAACAUGAAUAACCGUGACCUCAAACCCCAGCCUGACAUAGUCUUGCUUCCGUUGCCCACUGCCUAUGAGCUAGACAGCACAAAACUGAAGAACCCGCUAAUAACUUCCCCCAUGUUCCGUAAUGUGCCCACAGCAAACCCCACGGAGCCAGGAAUCAGACGGGUUCCGGGGGCCUCAGAGGUGGUCCGUGAGUCGAGCAGCACAACGGGGAUGGUCGUCGGCAUUGUGGCUGCUGCUGCCCUCUGCAUCCUGAUCCUCCUGUACGCCAUGUACAAGUACAGGAACAGGGACGAGGGGUCCUAUCAGGUGGAUGAGACGCGGAACUACAUCAGCAACUCGGCCCAGAGCAAUGGCACGCUCAUGAAGGAGAAGCAACAGAGCACAAAGAGCGGCCACAAGAAACAGAAAAACAAGGACAAAGAAUAUUAUGUGUAAAAAAAAUACUUAUUUAUAUAUAUAAAUAUAUAAAUACUUAAUGAGCUAUAAAUGAAUCGAAACUGUUAACAGCUAACAAGAUUGGGAGCUGCAGUUUGUGGUUUAAAACAAAUAUUGAGAAUAAACGUUUCAGCCGUUGACUGCUGAGUUUUCAGUCAUUGCUUGGAGUCCUCAAACUCUGCCCUACUGUAUUAUAAAGCACACUUAGCGUUCCGAAGAAGGCCUAUGCAGCAUUAACCAUGUUGGUGGACUUCAAAGCCUUCAGACCUCCUCCUCAGCUGAACUUUUCUGCAAGGGCAGAAGACUUCAUGGCUUACUUGUUUCGUAUCUCCAAGUGAGUCUUUAAAGAUGUUCAUGAUCUUUGACUGUAUGCUAAUUUUUUUCAGUUUAAUUAUUUUAAAAAAAAUACAAAAAAAAUAAGAAAAAGGAAAAAAAUGCAAAUGUUAUAAACAAAACAGAACAACUGAUCUGGCCAUGCCCAGCCUACGUAUCAUUUUCCAAGAUGUGAGGGGGGAAAGAAAAAUAAAUGGUUUGGGGUUUUCAUUAUGUUUUUCUGUCUGAGUUUUUUUUUUUUUUUAAUUUCUGUGAGAAUUUUUGGGAGAAUGAGCCAGGACAUAAGUCAAGAAGAAAACUUGGGGAUUUUUUUUAUUAAAGAAAGACUAUUGCCAUAUAUGAACUCAAGUUCUACCACGGUGUUUGCUCUACAUAUCAGAUUGUGUUGUCUCUUGAACCUGUUGUCUGCAGUAAGUUGUUAACGUAAAAAAAUGUGAUGGGGUGGCAGUGAUGGUGAUGAUGCUGAGAAUGAGAGUCAUGGAAAAUUGGAACUAGCACACGCGCACAUAGACACACACCCCAGAACUGUCCCCAAUGUUUUGAAAUAAAAGUAAAGUCAUCGGAAGAUGAAACAGGGUCCUCUUCUUUGACUAGGAGUGACAGGCUGUAAUUGCCUACCAUUUAGUGUAUCUUAGCACAGCUAAACUGUAGAGAAAAGAGGGGAAUUUAGAAACUAAAUAAAUAAAUAAAUAAAUAAAAACAAAAACACGUAGCCAUUCUGAAUUAAGUACAUGAUGCAAAACUAAGGAGCAAUUCUCUUGAUUCUGACUCCUUGGCUGAUGGCAAUGCAUGAGUAACCCAUAGUAAUCAAUUGAAUUCAACAUGAAAAGAUUAUACUGAGUUCAGCUUGUGGAAAGAACCACAAAAUGUCAUACAAGCCAAAAAAUGUGUCACAGAGGAGUACGAAAUAGGGGUGGGUUGUUGUUUUUUAAAUCAUGAAGGCGUGUUUCAUAUGUAACAAUUUUAAUUUUGUAGAUUUACAUUACUGGUUCGCUGUCCUUCCAUUUGCCCGAUUCUCCCUUUCCCUUCUCUUUUAUAUGAAAGAAGAUAAAUUUAAAAAGUCAUUAUGACACACAGAAAUAAAAAAAUUAAAGAAGCUUAUUAAUAGUAUAAUAUAUAUAAAUAUAUAUAUAUAUAUACAGAUAUAUUUAUCAUGGUAUGUUUGAUGGAACGACUGGAACAGAGAUGCUGUUAAAGUCUUAAUAUGAAAUGAGAAUGUUGUAAAGAAAAAAUGUUUUUACAAAACAACAAAAAGCUAAACUUUAAAAAUGUGAAAAGAGUGUGCAUUUUAACUUUGUCACAGUUAUCUGUGUCAAAAAGAUUUUAAGAUAAAAAAAAUAAGAUUUUGUUUACAUAUUUUACUACAAUUUUUUUUCUGGAUGGUGUAAUUUCUAGAUGGGUACCCUGAUGUACAUAAUGCUAUGAGGUUUCAUUGGGUUGUUAUUUAUAUUCAAUGUAUUUAAUUUUGUUUGAUGAGGUUUUUUUAGUUUUUCUUCCAUUAUUUUGAAAGAGAGCAACUUACUGUACAGGAUAAAAUAAACAACUGGGUGUUUUUGGCCACAAAUAUCAUGUGCAAAAAAAAUUAAAGCAAAAAAGAGAGGCAGAGAAAAUGAAGGAGAGAAACGGGGAAAGCACACAAGAAUUCUAAGAGGACUCUGGCAUAUUAGAAAUGUACAAUUUUUCUGUGUACAGAUGAAAUCUAAUCAGCUGUUUAGGUUUAGAAAUCUACUCUUGCUGGUGUUUAUAAGUCGCAUGAAUCUUUGACUAUGAAGAAGUGUUAUCCAAUGCACACACGCACAUGAGAACAAAAUAAAAAAAGGCAGCCUUCUCAUAUGGUCUGAGAAGAGGCUUACCUGGCUAACAAAUCUUUUCAGUGUGUGUGAGGUUUGUUUUUUUAUUAUUAUUAUUUUUAAUUAUAUUUUUACACUACAACAGAAGGGGGGGAAAUAGACAGGUUUUCAAAGGUAUGAAAGCACGAUUUUAGACAACUUAACUGGCCGAACAUAUACAGAGAUGAUUAUACCUUGAUGUCUGUAAAAGAUUGCUGCUGUUCUUGAAGUCUUGGAGUCUUGUGAAAUGAUUUUCUGCUUUCUUUCUUUCUUUUUUAAUUUGAGAAAACCCAUGUUUCUGUUCCUUUUUUAAAAUUAUUUUAGUGUCUGUUUCUAUUGGAUAAUUUUUUGGGAACAUGUGCAUUUCUGUAUGUGGGCUUUUACCAUAUCCCUACUGUUUUAUGGAGAGAACCUUGAAGACUUUCUUUAACAUUAUUGUGUUGUUAUUGCUUUUUUUCCCCCUUUCCCUCCAUCCCCUCUUUUUUCUCCUGUUCUUUUCUUUUCAUAAUUGCCUUUUUGUUCAAGGAUAUGCUUAGCAAUAAAAUGUUCUUCCCAAAGCCCUGGCUGUUUC